UGUUUGUUUUUCUGUUGGGUAGCUUGUCAGUAUUCACCUCAGCCUCUAUUGUCCAUCCCGUUCUGUUUGCUGACUGUGACAGUGUCGUCUUUACGAGUAUUUACCGCUUCACGACGCUGUUCCUUUUCCAGCCCGAGGACUUGUCAUGUGAGUACAAUCCCAUCCCGAUUAUGCGUUUGGUCUCUUCUCUCUUCUCUUUCUGACUAUUUUAGGGACCCUAUCAACCGCCUGCACGUGGUGCGUCAUCGAAUGCGCCAGUGGCAUCAUCUCCGCCUGCCUCCCGACCCUCCGACCUCUCUUCGUGCUGAUCUCGCGCCGAUUCGGCAGCAGCAACGCCUCGCGCAUGACCCCCGGCGCGCACAGCAAUGA